AAUUUCACAGCCUUAUUAUCAAUGCCCUCAAAACCUCAAACACUCAAAAUACACACACCUAUACAUACGCAUAUACACUUCGAAUCACGUGCUCACUUGCAUCUUUCCUCAUAUAAUAUAAAUACAACACCUUGCAUGUACAUGGGUUAUCACCAAAAAAAAAAAAAGUUGUAUAAGCCAUAAUCAUAUUAUAGAUGGAGAUAAUGAUGACGAUGAUGUUGGGAGUGGAAGAUGUGAUGAGUGAACUGGCCGGAGAGGAAGGGAGAGAAAGAGGUUUGCCGCCGGGAUUUAGGUUUCAUCCGACGGACGAGGAGCUCGUGAGCUUCUACUUGGCUUCAAAGGUCUUCAAUGGCGGCCUCUUUGGCUUUCACUUUCCUGAGGUCGAUCUCAAUCGCUGCGAGCCCUGGGAACUUCCAGAAAUGGCGAAGAUGGGGGAGAAAGAGUGGUACUUUUUCAGCCUAAGGGACAGGAAGUAUCCGACGGGGCUGAGGACGAACAGAGCAACCGCCGCCGGCUACUGGAAAGCCACCGGAAAAGACAAGGAGAUCUCCGGCGGAGGAGGAGCUCCGGCGGCGACGGAGCUGAUGGGUAUGAAGAAGACCCUGGUGUUCUACAAAGGGAGGGCUCCACGUGGCAUCAAGACCAAGUGGGUCAUGCACGAGUAUCGUCUCGAAUCUCAUCACAUCUCCCUCCGCCACUCGUGCAAGGAAGAAUGGGUGAUUUGCAGGGUCUUCAACAAAAGCGGGGACAGAAAACAUGUCGGAUUCCAACCUCAACUCAACCAGAUUCACGAUCCACAACAACGGUCAUCAUCUGCAUCAUCAUCAUCACCAUCCUCUUCCCAUCAUCAUCACCAUCGCCAUCAUCAUCAUCAUCAUCAUCAUACCCUAACCCUACCUCCUCUUCUUGAAACAACCCCACAAACCCUAACCCAGCUCCCUUCUCUACCCGAUCACCAUGUUCAAAGCCUCCACGAAAACGACAUUAGCAGCAACACGAACGAGCUCAAAACCCUAAUAAACCCGAUCGUGACUCAGCUCAACAGCAUCAUCUUCUCGUCGGAACAAGACAACAACAGUUCUGCCAUGAAACCGGAGCCGUCGACGUUGGAUAACUGCAGCAAUCAUCAAAAUCUGGACUUUUGUGAGGAUUAUUACUUCCAAGACACUCUGUUUCAAGAAGCUGAUCUCAGUCUGUUAGGUCUUUCAUCGUUGUCAGCUCCUGGAGAUUUUCACGUGAUGUACGAUUCCCCACCUGCUGAAUCCUGGCCCUUGGAUCUUUAAUUAUUUGGGAUUUUCAACCUUUUUCACCUUUUUCCUUUUGUAAAAUACAUAAUAUAUAUAUAACUAUUUAGGUUCCUAAGAUCCCAAGAUCUUUUGCAGAUUAGGGUUAUGUUUUUCACUUUGUGGGUUGCAGAGAAAGCUGUUCGUGUUGUGUUGCUUCUGUUGAACUGUCUUUGUGGGCGAUUCACUGUUCGACGUGACGUCAUAAAUAGGAAGCUUAUCGCCCGAUUGAAUGGGCUGACGUCA